GGCCGCCAAAAAUUGUACUUUUGAGAAAAAUAUAUUGUCCUUGUCAUUAAUUUAUAACUUAUGGAUAUUUUUACACAGAAGAUAUGGUAGAUUUUAAAUAAUUUCAGGUUCGCGGUAUUAUAUGUAUUAAUAUAAAUAGUUUCCACCCAUUUAGAGUGUAUUAAACAAGCUCCAUUUUAUUUUUUAUUAAUAUGUUUAUUUUACUUUCCAUACACGAGUCGUGUGUCCUACCUAGACAUUUCACACUUCGGAGUCACAAAAUUGGGUACAACUGUAAUGUAUCCUGUAAAAUCUUUUAAUUUCUAAAUUAAUUGAGUAAUUUACUGUAUACUUUUAACUGAUAUUAUUAAAAUAUAGCAUAAAAAUUAAUUCAAAACGCACUUUAAACAAUAGUCUCACUUUUUUUCCCGAAUGAUACUUCACGCAAGUUACCAUAAAGUAACGGCUUAAUCAAAAAGAUACCUUGGCCACGAAAAUAUUUUUAAGUAAUAGCAACACCACAGACAUGUUGGCCAACCGUACAGAUAAAAAUCGCCAUUUUGUUUCUGUCCAAGUUGGUCGAGAAGGUAGUCGGCAAUUGUGUCUCAAAAGAUUUUAUUAUUUUUAAGUGAAAAUAAUGCAAGGUAAGAAUGCAAAUUUGUUAUUUUAUUCAAAUUAUGUGUGUAGCUUCAGUGUUCCAUUAGCAAUUCAAACUAUACGAUGUCUUAUUACUUCAAAACUUACGCGAAUAAAGGCUUUUAAGGUUAUGUCCAACCAUAUUUUGAUUCACGAAUGAUACCAUGUGUUACUUUAGUGUUACGUAACAUUCGUGAUCGGCUGUUAAGAGUAGUACACACUAGAGAAUCUAAUGAAAAUAAAAUACAAAAAAGAAACAAUUUAAAAACCUACAAGUUUUAAUUUUUAAUUUCUACAUGCCAUACGGGUUUCGACCCGUAAGGAUCGUUUUUCGGAACGAUCCUUCUUUUUUGAAUUCGGUAAAAAAAAGUAACGUAACGUAUUUGUAGUUUAUACCGUCGAUUUAUCCGUAUCAGUUUUCUUAAUUAGCUAUACUUAAUGUAUUUUUUGUCUAGAGCUAGUCAGUUUCCGUUCUGAUGGAUUUACGUUCAAAUCCUGGGGGACAAAAAAAAUAAUUAAGUCCUGGCAUAGUUGACAAAAUAGAUUUACGCAAAUAUUUUAUUUUUAGAUGGUUUUGACGGCGGCAGAAAAACAAAAGCGGUACAGAGAGCGAAUGCGAGCUAACAACCCAGAAAAAUUUGAAGAAGCUAAGCGUAAAAAUGCUGUGCGAAAUAAAGAAAGAAAAAAAAAUUGUGAAUGUUCGGAAAGAGAGAAAGAAAUCCUAAGGGCACAGUGGAGAAAUAGAAAAAAUAGACAAAAAGAUAAAAUAAAAGAAAAUGUUACUGAAAAUAAUAGUGAUCUAACUGAGAGUAAUGAUUUAACUCAUAACAGAGCACGAUUAGCAGAAAGAAGAAAGUUUCAAAAACAUUUGGCUUUAGUAAAAAAUAGCUAUGAGGUUAAAAUCAACAAGAUGGCAAAAAAUAUUGCAGCACUUAAAAAAAAAUGUUACCGUUUAACAAAGAAACAAGAAUUAUUAAUCGCGCGUAUUAACGAGUUGGAAGUCAAAAAUGCAGAAUUUCUAAUAAAUAAUGUUCCUUUAAGUACCAAUACAAUCCAAGAUGACAUUGAAAUGACACCGCUUACAAAAACCGAAAGCUUUAUAGAAGAGAAUAUUCCCAAUAUAUCCACACCAGAAAAACAAAAAGUAAAAAGACAGCUUCUUAAUUAUAACGUUCUAACAAAUGCUAUACAAAAUACUUACAAAAAUUCUAAAGAUAAUAAAGAUCGAAAUGUUCUUAAAAAAGUAGUUGAGGAUGAAAUAGUAAACAAGUACAAGGUAAAAAGCAUAACUACAGCUGUAUUGGGACUGAAAGGAAGAGUACGUCACAGAAGAAGCAUUUUGCGAAAUAAUACGAUGAUUUUAGAAGAAAUUAAACAAUUCUAUGAAAGAGAUGAUGUGAGCAGAGCAACAGCCGGGAAGAAUGAAGUUAAAACUUUUAAGAAAAAUAAACGACAGCGACGCUACUUAUUGAAAAGUCUGAAGGAUCUUUACAAAAAGUAUAGGUUGGAAGGUGGCAAAGCAAAGUAUACUGCAUUUAAAAAGUACCGGCCAUUCUAUGUCUUGCGUCCUAAACUCUCAAAUAGAGAAACAUGUGGAUGUAUUAAACAUGAGAAUAUAAUGCUGAAGAUUGAAAAAUUAAAACUUUUCGGAAUGAUAGAAACCAAGGAUUUAGAUAUAAUUUUGUCUAAAGUACAGUGUGACUUGAAUUCAAAAGAAUGUGCGUAUAGGGAAUGCUCUUUUUGUAAAGAUAAAGUUAUUUCCUUAAACUGGGGUAGUCAUAACCAAAGUGAAACUGUUAAUUACGAAGAAUUCAGACUUGACAAACAUGAGUAUACUAAUAAAAAAGAUAAUAAAAUAUAUAUUACUAAGAAGAUGGAAAAGAAACCAGUAAGUGAGUCAUUGGGAAAUUUAGUACAGAAAUUUAACAUAGAACUUAGUAUUAUAAAAAAACAUAUUUACAACAUUAAACAUCAGUAUAACCAAUACACAUCGUGCAUAAAAAACUUGAAAAACAUUGAAGUUGCUCUUCAUAUAGAUUUUAGCGAAAAUUACACAUGCAAACUUGCAACAGAAGUGCAAUCUAUGCACUUUGGUGCAUCUAAACCACAAAUAACAAUUCAUACUGGUGUCUUGUAUACCAGUGGAACCAAGCCACAAGCAUUUGCUUCUUUAUCACCAAGCAAUGAACAUGGUCCAGAGGCCAUAUGGGCCCAUCUUGAACCUAUACUUAACCAUAUUAGAAAGGAAUUUCCAACUGUGUCCGCUGUUCAUUUUUUUUCUGAUGGCCCUACUAGCCAAUACAAACAAAAGAAGAAUUUUUAUAUGUUUUCAAAACAUACAAAAUUGUUAGGAUUCCCUAACUCCACGUGGAAUUUCAGUGAAUCUUCUCAUGGAAAGGGAGCCGCUGAUGGAGUUGGUGGCGCGUUAAAACGCAGACUCGAUGGUUAUGUGUCACAGGGCAUAGAUAUACCAAAUGCCCAAACAGCAUUUAAAAUCCUUAAGGACUCGGACACGUCAGUAAUGAUCUUUUAUGUUACAGAGGCUGAUAUUGCCAGAUACACAAUAUCAGAAAUUCUAACGCCUGUACCACAGACAAUGAUUCUUCAUCAAAUUGCUAACACAGAGAUUGUCUUGUUCCCAAAAGGUCAUUGUGAAUGUUUAGAUGUCAAAAACCACCAACUUAUACCAAACAAAGAAUCUGAAAAAGACAGUGAUACAAUAAAUAAUCGUGAUCGGAAUAAAGCAAAAGAGAAUGAUAAAAAAAGGAAAAUAUCAGAAUUAAGUGAAAUAUCUGAUUCAGAGCAAGAAGAAAAAGAAAACAGGAAUGAGAUUGAGAAGAUUGGUAGGACUGGUAACGACACAAAAAAAAAAGUAACCCUAUUAUCAGAAGUGAGGUACAAACCGGAAAAUCGUGCCUUCUGUAUCAAACGUUUUCAUAAUGGUAAACCGAAUCUCAUAAAUAUUAACAUGUGUGAUACAUUAAAUUUAUCAUAUAAAAAAAAUAUAGAUAUAUAUCAUAACCCAACUCCAUCCACGUCGACCAUGUCAGAACUAAAUGAGAAACAAAAUAUUACACUCAAAAAGACAAGAUUUCGUGAGACGCAAAAUAUCGCUGAUUCUAGUGGAAGCUCCACAGAAAACGAUGAUGAUUUUUCUGUUCAUGACACCUCAGAUGACGAACAGUUUAUACCCGAUUCUGACUCUAUUAUAACUCGUGAAACAGUUGAAGAAGAAACAGGAAAUAAUCACAAUAUUCAAGAAGAGACUGAUAUAAACAAGAUAACUGACAAAGAGUGUGAUUCCCCAAACACCAAAGAUGAUAAUAUAAGUGUAGGUGAUAGUGUAUUAGUGAGGUAUUUUAUAAGACAAUCUUGGAAAUAUUAUGUUGGUUUUAUAGAAAGGGUAGAAGUUGAUGUUACUGUAGGUUAUUCUGUGCUGUUUUUAAAAACAAUUUAUAAACCAACACUAAAAUUUGUACCUACAAAAAAAGAUCGUGAUAUUGUUCCCGAAUUAAGUGUGGUAAAAAGAAUAGAGCUAGAGUUGAUUGGGAAAGCAUAUGUCUUAAAAGAUACAUCAGAUCAAAUAUAUUUUCUAUAAUCUGUGAACGUAAUUUAUUGUCUUUCGUAACUAAUUAUUAAUCUAUGUCAUGUCUAAUUAAUGUCGAACGUACAUUUUUAUGCCGCCUACGUUCCACACGUGGAAGUUUGGAAGAACUGUUGGGGGUGUUGGACGAAUGAGUGGAGGCGGCAUUACACGUACAGUCUGUCACGGAUUGAGUUUUAUUUGGUAAAAAUUAGGUAGAUUUAAGAUUGAUUAGUGUAAUUCUUAAAGUUACGAGAAAACAAGAAAAGAUUUCCCAAAAAUGUUGAUAUUGUUAUAAAAGGUUAGUCUUUUUGACUUAUAUCCGCCAUAUUCAAAUAUAAGUUAAUUAGAACGAUACGAAGUCAAGAAUGAUAACUUUUUAAAAUAUUUUUCUAAUAUUAUUUUUUUAUGCUAAGCGUUUACGCGGAAUGGCUUUAUACAAACUUUUAUUGAUCUUGAAAACGAAUUACCUAAACAGUUUUAAUAAAACUUGGUAUAGGUACAAAUUAGCAGGUUAUAUAGAUCUAAAUACCAGUUAUAUAAUUUAUUUUCAAAAAAGUGUUUUAAAAAGAUCUUACAGUCAAUUUCAGUUUUCUAUGCAAACGGAAAAUUCCAUAGUUUCAUAAUAUUCAUAUUUCUUAAAUGUGUUUAUUUUAGAUUUAGAUAUUUAAGUAUAACUUGCGUAUCGAAUUUUAUAACAAUCGGUUUAUCUAGGAAGAUAUGGUUUUACUUUCGAAUGAUUAUAUUACAAUUUUUUUUUACGAAAGCCAUGCGGCGAAACAAAGACUUUUAUUCUUUUUUUUCUUACCUACUAUUUUUAUGGUAAACAAAGAAGAAAAUAUUUGAUUUGUUAUUGUUUUUUUAUAGAAGACUGUUUCUUAGUUGUUUUUUUACUACAUACAUAUAAUAAUAACUCGUACUUGGAUCUCGUACUUCAGAUCAGUUACGUAAGUACCUAUAAGGUGUAUGGUUCUAUUCUAUUAAUUUGAAAUAGAAGUACAUAAAACAUUUUUAUUUGAAAAAUAAAACUUUCUUUAAUA